AUGUUUUCUGCUACCUCCAAUUUCCUGGCUUUUGAUGGGUGGAAAACUCCUCUCCGUCGUUGGAGCUGGGCUGCGGGGGGCUUGUGGCACCGAGAAGUUGCCUCGGCCCCCCAAUCUCAACGCGCCGACUUCGCCAGGGCGAACAGCAAAGUCGACUUCUACGUGGUGUGGUCUCUGCGCGAGCCGCCCCGGCAGCUGAGUAGCAAUUGUCAUCGGAAAUGUUACCAGACUCGCUUGCCGCUUCCAUUGCCAAAACAGUUUGUGAUCUUCGGGUUGGGUGACUGGAGCCACUAUUCUCAGAAAACUAGCAUUAUUGUGGAUGUGUUAAUAAAUCCGGAUAUUAAGCCUCAAAGAAUUGGCAAGCUGGGAUCUGAAACCAGAUGUUUGGUUUGGGAAGGUGACUGGAGAGUUGAUAUUCUCAUGGCUUCAUUUAAGCAGGCAGAGAAUGGCAAUCCUGUGAAACUUCUGCUGACUGUUAAGGAAGAGGAUAGAAAUCAGAGUUCCUCAAUGUGCCACAAAGAACCUGUGCUCGAAAAGAGCUACUCUCCACCAAUGGAAAAGCUACUGAUGCUACCUGCUCCUACAGAGCGGCAGGCUAAGAAGAAAACAUGUCUACCUAACCUUAUUCAGUUAAAUAAAACCAGAAGGACUCUAUUUGAAGUCUCAGCAACCCAUAGACAAGAUGAAACUGAAGAUUUGGAGGUUAAAGAGUUGCAAGCCUGUCCAAGUGCUCGAUGGUAUCAUGCUAUGUGCUUGUGUGACAGAGAUACAGCAGUUUUGAUUGGUGGUGAAGGAUCUAAUCAACAAUUCUGCAAAGAUGUUCUCUGGAAACUGGAGAUUGAUAAUGACUUUUGGUUCCCUAUGGAUUUCCCAAUGCAAAAUUCCAUACCACAGUGUUCCCGAGGUCACAGUGCCACUUAUGACCCAGAUACCAAGCGCAUCUACAUAUUUGGAGGUGUAAAAGAAGGGAGACACUACAACAGCAUCUAUGUUUUAGAUACAACAUCUUGGAAAUGGCUUCAUGUUUUUGCUAAAGGGAAAGUACCCACUCUGGCCUUUCACAGUGCAACUGUCUAUCGUAAGGAAUUAUUUGUCUUUGGAGGAGCUUUCCCUAAAAUGUUGUCCUUGGAGAUGGGCGCCUGCAGUAAUGCACUUUUUAUUUUCAACCCUGACUAUGAGAUUUGGUACCAACCUAUUGUGGAGGGGGAGAAGCCUCUGCCAAGGCUUGGUCACUCAGCUACUUUGUUGAAGAACAAAUUAGUCAUAUUUGGAGGCCAGAGGACUUCUACAUACCUGAAUGACACACACAUCCUUGAUCUAGGUUUUAUGGAGUAUAAAACAGUUCCAUCUUUCUCUGGACAGCCUUCUGCUCGCAGUUUCCAUGCUGCUAUCCAAAUCUCUGAUCAAAAAAUGUUGAUAAGUGGAGGCUGUAAUGCCAGAGCAGCCUUUCAGGAUGCAUUUAUCUUCCAUUUAGAUACCUUGACUUGGAGUGCAAUUAAGCAUAGUGCUCUUUGUGCUGUGCCCAGGGCAGGCCACACACUGCUCAAUUUAACUUGCACUAACCUGUCACACACGGAUAAGCAGAAACAGAGCAAAAACAACUUGUGCACAGUGCUUGUCUUUGGAGGUUCAGACCGUGCCGGCAAGUUCUACAACAGUACAAAUAAAUUCCAGCUUGAUUUUCAAAGCUAAAUACCAGUAAGUGCCUGCGAAGAGCCCAGCUGAAUUGUUUUGACUCCAUGGCAAGAUCAAGACACGGAACAACAGAAACAACUGGACAUCAGAAGAAUCAAAAUGAAUUGAUAACUAUGUCAAAAAGAGCAGGGCUGUUGAGGCUAUACCAGACAUUGCUUUAAGGUUUGAUUUCUUAGAUCAAAUUGGCAACUUUAAAGAUAUGUGGACUGAGAGCUAAACUUCUGGGAGCUGAAGUUCACACACAUUAAAGUAAGCCAGUCUGAGAAACACGGUCUUAGACCUUAGUCUAGAUUUAAAGUGUGUCACAAAGAUGUCAGCCCAUCUUUAUUCUUAACAUGGAUAGGUAUGAGGCAGGUGCACAGCUUCUCACUUUGCGGUCAUUAUCUCAGCUAUUUCUGUUUUUAACCCUGGCAAAGGAGAGGGAGCACCACCAAAAUAGGUAUUUUGGAGAUGGCUCAGUGCUUCCAUGGAAUGAUUGAUCAAUGACAUCUUAAUAUUGUUCUGAAAUACGUUGGUUUGGAUUUCCCAAUGUGUUUAUACAUAUGGUUUAUUCUUGUUCUCUCCUUCCUCUAACCCAUUUUAUUUAUUUUUUCUUCAUGCCUCAGAUAAAAGUUGUUUACAUUUUGCCAAAACUAAUAAAGCAAGCAUAAGAAUUUGAACUUGAACAUAUAGAUUUUGGCCGUUGAUAUGAAGAAAAAUCUUACGUUUAAAACAAUCCUUUUGAAGUUUUUAUAUGCCUUUUGCAGACCAUAGAAUUUUGUUUGAGGAGCAUAGCGCUAAUUAACUCUUUAGAAAUCGGUGUCCUUUUUUCUGGGAAAUCUACAGUAUAAUCCCUGUGAGGAUCAGAAAAUUUCUAACUCCUGCCAAUUUAUUGCAUGAACUUCUGUUGUUAGUACAGUAUUUACGUUCUCUAACUUUCAAUAUUUUUGAAAUGCUGAUAUAUGUUGGCUAAUGAUAGACACUAUAAGGCAAGUCUGGAUAACUUAUGGCUCUAAAGCAACUCCAAAUGCAUCACCAAAUUUUGCCAAAAAGUAGCGAUACAGUUUGCUGCUGCUUAGAUAACACAUAAAAGUUGUUGUGAAAGUUCUUAAAUCAGUUCCUAGUAACACUGAAAAAGACAUAUGCAUUGAACAGUAGGCUAUUAGACUAAAAGCUGGCAAACUUUUGACGUGUGACUGUUCUUUUUCACGCCCAAUCACUAUUUGCUUCCUGGUAUCUAGACUGCUGCCUUUUCAUGUCUUUUAACUUUAUAUUAAUACCUUUGCUAUUUACACAAAGCAACACUGCCUUUUUUUGAACUUCACAAGAAAUGCCCACAAGCUCUUAUCUUUUGAUCUGCUUCACGGCUGCAUUACAAUUGACACACAUGAUCAAAAGUUUAUUUUACUUCAGCUAUGUACUCUACAAUUAGUGCCUUUUUUUACUGCCCUUCCUUUUUUUUUAAAGUCUUAGAUUUGUCAGACUCUUCCAGACAAAACCCUCAUGUUUUUCCCCCAGAAAAUCUUAAACAGGAGAGAUUUAAUUCUGGAUCAAUUUCCCCACAGUAAAACAAGCAGUU